AUGGAACUGCUGAGAUCAAUCCAAUCGAAACCAAACAACGAAGCUGUCCAAGAAGUAUCUUCAACAAUUCUCAAUAAUACUAUUCUGUUGUCGUCACCUUCAUCGCCAAAAUUACUUCAAGAAAUUUCUAGGCAUGAGGAAGAUUUUAUAGCGCCAAUUCACAUUCGACAAAUGUCAGCUUUUCCUGCAACUGAAUCUCCCUCUCAAGAGAGAUAUUUGGAUAGUGACGAUGACUCACAUUCACUGAAGUGUGUAAUCGAUAAUCAAAAUAUGGGCUUAUUACAGCUAAACUUAGAAGAAAAAUCUAGUCAUUUUAUUUCGAUUAAAUAUAUUCAAUCGCCGAACGAACGUGAUUGUUUAUUUCAACAAUAUACUAGCGAAUUACCAUCAACUUAUCAACUCUAUAAUUGGAAUAAAAUGUUCGAAAAUUUAAAAGAAUAUAAAAAUGAAGCUCAUGAGCAAGAUCUGUACGAUCAACUUUCAUGGACAGAUGUUUAUCGUCCAAGGCAUUCGUUAACAUAUAUUGGUAAUUAUGAACAAGUUGAACGGGCAAAACAAUGGUUUUGUUACUGGAAAAACACGCUAAACAAACCUUCAAGUCAAAAACAACAGAAAAAACGGAAACGGAAACAUCAAUCAGAUGAUGAUGAAGAUGAGACUGGAUCCAAAAGAAGAAGACAAGCAAAUUCAGAUGAUGAUUUUAUUGACGAUUCAGGAUAUUAUGUAAAUUAUGAGAGAUCAAAUUCGAGAGAGACAGCUUAUCCGCAAGUGUUAUUUGUUCAAGGAGAUCAUGGUUGUGGUGUCACAUCGCUCGUAAAUGCUUUAAUCGAAGAAAAUAAUUUUGAUGCAACGGAAAUAAAUGCAUCGCAAUCACGAGUUCAAGCUGAUCUGUUGAAACAAUUUCGUGAAGUGGGUUCCCAUCAAUUGACCAUGGAAAAUAUAACAGUUUCGGUAUGGGAUGCAAUGAGACUACAAGAAGAACGACGUAACGAAGAAAUAAAAAAACAAUCUUUAUUAUCAAAAAAGAAAUUAACGAAAGGUAAACAAGAGAGUAUAGACCAAAAGAAACUAACUGUUCCAAAGAAAAAGUCAAGUACAAGUGGAAAAACACAGCACAAAACAACGAUAAAAUCAUUUUUUGUCAAAAAGGAUGAACUUCAGGUAGAAGAAGAACGAUCGACUGAUUUAAAUAAUGAACAAAAAGAAAAUGAUCUUCGACGAUCAACAAGACGAAAAAAACCAUCAGAAAGAGUUUUACCAGGCGUUAGUGAAGAUGAAGAAAAAAUUGAACAAGAUGAUGUAGACGAGAAGAUCAAACGACCAAGAAGAAAGAUCAUAAGAGUAGAUGACGGUGAUACAAAUACAAAGAAAAAAUUCAAAAAAAUUCAAAAAAAAACAAACGGUCAUGUAAAUGGCGUGACUAUGAACACUGGUUGUAUUAGUGAUGUAAUUAGUUCUAAUGGUGGUGGUUUAAAAGUGAAAAAAGCAGCAUUGAUUCUGUUUGAUGAGGUAUAUAAUCGUUUAUUAGUUACAGUGAUUAAUCAAAUAAAUACGUGUAAAGAACUUGCAUGCUGUUAUAUACGACUCGUAUUGCUAUGUGAAAUGAUUGAAAUACCAUCAUUGAAUGAAUUACUCCUUUUUUAUAUAUCGUGUUCAUGUGAUAUACGUCGAACAAUUUCUAAACUACAAUUUUUAAUACAAUCAUCAUCUCGAUCAACGUCAAGUUCAGUUCGAAUGAAAUAUGAUUAUUUAUCAAGUGAACAAUCAUCAGUUGAUGGAUAUUCAAAUUUUGUGGAAAAAUCACGAUAUACAAAUAUUAAGAGUACAACUAAUUUUGAUGAUUUCUAUCAAAAACAAUUGAAAGAUAUAAAUCAAUCGAACAGUGAAAUGUCGCUGAACAGUUUAUUAACAAAUCAUAAAAAAAAUACAUCACGGCUUGAAUUAGAUAAUGCAUUCAAAUUGUUCGUUGAAGAUAAUGCAAGUGGUGCGAAAGAUCAAAUGCGAGCAGCACAAUUGGUCAAACGUCGUCAACAAGAACAUGAACAAAUUGAGAUAAAAAAGAAAAAGAUUGAAGAAGAAAAUCGUAUGGCAAGCAUUGAUGAAAAAUUUAAAGCUCAUUAUGAUGCUGUUGAACAAAUGCUAAAAUCAGAUACAGUUGGUCUGAUAUCAUUAGAUGAAAUGAAAAAAAAACAAGAAGAUAUAAUAAGAGCACGUGAACAACAAUUGGCAAGAGAAAAACAAGCAAAAUUGAAUGAAAUGUUAAAUAAUUCAAAACAAGGUGAUAGAAAAGAUAGUUUACAUCAACGGCCAAAUAAAUUAUCGUUUGAAUGGCUCGAAGAAGAGGAAGAAAAUAAUGAAGAAGUUAAUGAAAUACAAGAAAAGUCCAAAUCGAAUGUAGAAAAUAAAAUUGAUGAGACAAAACUAGAGGUAGAUCAAUCUAAUGAUAGAAAUGAUGCUGAUAGUUUGCAAGAAGAUAAUAUUAUCAGUUCUGAACGGUACCAAGAUGAUGAUGAUGAAAGAUCAAUGUCACCAGGUCAGAUAACAACAAUUACCGAUGAAGAUCCAAUCGUUAAAUUUUUAAAUAAAAAAAAACGUCUUGGAAAAAAUCCAGAUGUUGAUACAAGCUUUUUACCCGACAAAGAACGUGAAGAAGAAGAACGUAUAUUACGUGAAAAAUUACGAGAAGAAUGGGUUGAAAAACAACAAAAAUUAAAAUCAGAAGAAGUCGAUCUUGUGUUUAGUUAUUGGGAUGGAUCUGGUCAUCGUCGAAGUCUUCGAAUAAAAAAACGUAUGACAAUUCAACAAUUUCUACUCAAAGCAUUAGAAGUAUUACGUCGUGAAAAUAUGUUUAAUGAAUUAAAAAGUUCAACUGUUGAUCAAUUAAUGUUUGUUAAAGAUGAUGUAAUUCUUCCACAUCAUUAUUCAUUUUAUGAUUUUAUUGUGACACGAGCUCGAGGACGAUCAGGAUUAUUGUUUACAUUUACGGAGCCAUUGAAAUUAAAUACAAUUGUUGAAGUAUCACCAACAACAGCUACAAGUAUUUCAACAGAUAAUAAUACAAAUACGAAUGUAUCAAAUGAUAAUAGCAAUACAUCACAACAGUCAACACAUGCUGGUAAAAUAUGUUUAAGAAGUUGGUACGAGAGAAAUAAACAUAUUUUUCCAGCUUGUCGAUGGGAACCAUAUGAUCCUGAAAAGAAAUUUUUUAAUGAACCACCAAAAAAUAGAUUCUGUUCACCAGUACCGACUGUUACUUUUGUUGGUAAAAAUACAAAGCCAGUACCAAGUGUUUACUGUUGGGGAUAUAUUGCGACAGGCGCUCUCGGAGUAUUUGAAUUCGUUCAUAAGAAGCUUGAUACAAGAACAAAAUACAAAGAGCAAGAAUCACAAUUUAACCGUGUUAUUCCAUUUCGACAUCCAUUUUCCUACGAGCACCAUAUUAAAAUUGAUCGUGUUUCCUGUGGCAAUGGUUUUACCUUAUUAAGUACAUUAUCAUUGAAACAUGAUAAGUUAUAUGGUUGUGGAAUAAAUACCGAUAGUCAAUUGACCUACUUAAAAGAUCGUUCACAUCCAAAUGGUUUUGGUGACUAUAUUAUUGCUCCAAAAACAAUUAAUUUACCAUUGACACAUACACGAAGUACACGUAUCAUACAAGUGGCAUGUGGACGAGCACAUUCACUUGUUUUAACAGAUAAUGAAGGUUUAUAUUCAUUUGGUAAUAACUCAUUCGGUCAAUGUGGUCGACAAGUGAUUGAUAAUGAAAUAUAUAAAAACAGUCAAUUAAUCCAUGCAUUUAACAUUGAUCAAGAAGAUGUGAUUGAUGUUGUUUGCGGACAAGAUCACACAUUAUUCCUAACAUCCAAUGGUCAUGUUUAUUCGUGUGGUUUAAAUUCAGAUGGUCAAUUAGGUUUAGAACAUUAUGAUUGUGUAUCAAGACCACAACGUGUCAAAGGUGAUAUAGAAAAUGAAUUUAUUACUCAAAUAUCAUCGAAAGGAGAUUGCGUUUUGGCAUUGAAUAAAAAUGGAGAUGUAUUCGGGUGGGGCAACAAUGAAUAUCGACAAUUGGGAUCAAAUAAUCAAUCCGACCAACAACAGUGUUCAAAACCAAGACAUUUAACAUUUCGUGAUGGUUAUCAAUUGAAAAAUAUUAAAUGUGUGGCUAGUGGCGGAUCGAUGUGUACGGCAGUAGAUAAAAACGGACAAUUAUUCACAUGGGGUUUUGGGCUAUUAGGUUUCGGACCAAAGCAUACAUUUAUUGAUAUACCACGUCUGAUACCAAUGGAAUUAUUUGGAAGAAAUGAAUUUAAUAAAGAUGUGAUGAUUGAUUCUGUUACAUGUGGCUUGUAUAAUAUAGCGGCUAUCACUAACAAUGGUGAAUUGUUUAUGUGGGGAAAAAAUAAGUACGGUUCACUAGGACUGGGAUUCUUGGAAGACGUCCCAAUGCCGAUGAGAGUAUUUGUACCAGCUAAAGUGAAGUAUGUUUCGUGUGGACCAGAUCAUACAUUUGCUUUAUGUAAAAGUUAUGUGUGA